GCCUCAGUUCCGGGCUACGCACACGCGCUGCGGGGCCGGGUGCGGGUCUGGGGAGAUGCAGCCACCUCCGCGCAAGGGGAAGCUGAGCCAGGUGGUGAAGCUCCAUUUUGCCGAGCAGCUGUGUGGGCUACAGAGCAAGCAGCAGCGGGAUGCCGAGCUGCUGGAGGACAUCAGGUCCUACAGCAAGCAGAGGGCUGCGAUUGAGCGGGAGUACGGGCAGGCACUGCAGAGGCUGGCAAGCCAGUUUGUGAAGAGAGACUGGCAGCGGGGCCGCAGCGAUGCUGGAGACUCGAGGAGUGUCUUUGCUGUCUGGAAGGGCAUUAUUGAGGGGACGGCAUACACAGGGCAGGCACGUGUCAGUGCCUCUGAAAGCUACCGCAGCCUUGCUGCUGAGGCCAUCAAGAGCUCCCGGCUGUCCAAGGAGAGGAUGCUCAAGAAGAGCAUGGAGCAGCUGCAGAAGGCGCAGGCAGAGCUACUGGAAACGGUGAAGGAGCUAGAUAAAGCAAAGAAGCAGUUCAGCCAGCUGCAGCGCAGCAGCGAGGUGGCCAAGGAUAAGGCUGCCGACGUGGAGGCACGACUACGUAAGAGUGACCGGAGGAUUUUCCACACCAAGGCCAGCCUGCAGAAACUCAGUGCCAAGUUCUCCAUGCAGAUGGCGGAGUACUCAAAGCAGCGGGCAGGGGUGCAGAAUGAGUACGUGCUGACAUUGGUGUCUGCCAAUGCCCACCUGGAGCACUAUUACCAUGUGGAGCUGCCUGCCAUCAUGCAGGCUCUGGAUGGGGACCUGUACGAGCGGCUACGUGACCACCUGAGCACGGCUGGCCGGGCAGAGGUGGAGAGCUGUGAGAUCACACAGGAUUGGUUCCAGCGCAUCUCGGAGGCGGCCGCACGGGUGUGCCGUGAGCAGGACCUCCUCCUCUUCCUGCAGGACCACACCGCCUUCAUGCUGGUGCCUGAGCAGCGCUUCCAGCUUGAUGGCAUCCAGGAGGUGUCCCUUCUGCAGCCGGAGGAUGGCGGAGCCAGCCUGGAGAAGGAGGCACGGCGCUGGGCCAUGCGUGCAACACGAGACAGCAAGAACAAGGCACAUGGCGAGGAGGUGCUGCAGAGGCUUGAGGCCAGGAGGCACCAGGUCCCCGAGGCAGAGGUGGCUGCUGUGGAGCGGCAGAUGGAGGAAGUGCGAGAAAACAUCUGGAAGGCAGAGGUUGGCAGGGCAAAGGCAGAGGCACGGCUGACACUGCUGCGUACAGCAGGGCUGGAUGUGGAUUCUUGGCUGGCCGGGGCAGUGCAGGCAGGUGGGGAGCUCCCACGCACCCCCAGCACAGAGGCACCCACAGGGCUGGACCCCACUGAGUUCGAUGACUAUGACAGCGAUGAGACGUUUGAGGAGGCUGAGCCUGGGCAUGCUGCUCGCACCUACCCCUACACUUGUCGGGUUAUCUUUGGGUACCAGGGCUGCCAUGCAGAUGAGCUAUCCAUCGCACAGGGAGAGGAGCUGGAAGUUAUUGAGGAUGGCGAUAUGGAGGAGUGGGUGAAGGCUCGGAACAAGGCAGGGCAGGUCGGCUAUGUCCCUGAGAAGUACCUGCUGUGCCUGAGCUGUGUGGGCAGUGAGCCGGGCUCAGCUGCCAGCACUGGAACCACAGGACCUUCGGGGGCAGCCCUGCAGCGACAGCUCUCCAGCAUUAUGGCUGCAGAGCUGGUCCUGGAGCCUGGAGCUUGGCUGGUGCGAGCCCUGUACGACUAUGAGGGGCAGAGCCCCGAGGAGCUGAGUUUCCCUGAGGGAGCCAUCAUCCGCGUGCUGCCUCGUGCUGAGGAUGAGGUGGAUGAUGGCUUCUGGACUGGAGAUUUUGAUGGCAGAGUUGGUGUCUUCCCCUCGCUGGUAGUGGAGGAACUGACCGGGGCACGGGGCACGGCUGGGCAGGAACUUCCCUCACCAUCCCCACCACCUUUCUCCCCUCCUGGCCUUGCACUCAGUGCCAGUCUGGGUUCUGGCCCUGAACCACUGCUGGAAGGUGAGUGCCAGGGGGGUGGCCUUGGGGGCACUAAGAGCCUGUCUGAGCCUUCUGUGGAUCUAGCCUGCAGGCAGGAGGGCACAAGCAGUGGGCAGAGCUCUCCAGACCUGGCAGCCAACCGCAUCCGUCCCGUAUGUACCCCUUUACAGUGAUGCUCUGACCCCCAAACCUAUCCCAGAGCCUAGAAAAGGGCCAGAAGAAUCCUCUGUGCUGGGAUGUGGUGUGAUUCUGGAGGGGUUCAGGACAGUGGGACCCCCUCCCUCAGCCUGAGGGCCCCAUGUCUGUUCUUCUCCCCACAGCUCCGCGCACCACCCCCACCUCCUGGCCGAGCCCCCGACCUGGAGCAGGACCUCAGCUGACCCUGGGUUGCCCAGGCUGCAAAAUCUUUGCCCAUCCGCACAUGCCCCUCACCCCUGGGCUAUCUAUUCCCAGUGGUGCAGAGGGGAGCAGGACGCAUGGCACAACCUGCUACUCCUUGAGCUGGUCUCCUUGGGGGCCACAUCCUGCCCAGCACUGCUCGUGGGGCACUGCUGCACGGUGUGGGGCAGCCACGUCCCUGCCUCUGCCUCUCGUCCGUAGCAUCACUUCCCUGGGGCCUCUGCUCCUCCCCAUGCUGUGGCUGCACCGUGUCCAGCAUGGGCACAGAGUGGCCAUGCCCCUAUUAAAACCAGUUCACCCCA